UGGUUUUAAAAUGGAUACACAACGGACGAACCGCUCGCAAGAACCUGUGACGGAGGACGACUCGGUUGGGGCUGUUGGGGGAGAGCCAGAGGAUCUGACCGAGGAUCCAGGGACGGCCCAGCAGCCGCAGCAGAUGGAAGACUGGCCGCCAAUGGGGGACAGCUUGUGGGCGGCUCACUCCCGGCUGGUUGAGCUGCUGUACGCCGCGGCCGCCACGCUGGAGGAGAUCAACCGCGCGGGGUUGUGGGCGCCGAGGCAGCAGGGCGGGGAACGCCGAGCAACGGCCAUUUCCGCCACCGAGCUCCCGCCAGAUUUUGGACUUGCCGCCAUGACGAUGUCCGCCGCGGUGAUUGGGGAAUCGCAGCACCACGUGGACACCGGGGGCCAAUCACCGGUCGUCACGUCAUCACUGACGGACGCUCACUGCCAGAGCCAACCGGUGGUCGCGACGUCAUCACCUGUGCGACCGCCGAUGGGAACCCCCAUGCACUCCGAUGACGUCAGGAACGGCGGGGACUGCGCAAGGCGGCAUCCGGAAGGGGAGCAGACAUUUCAACGUCUACCGGUGUUCAAAGAAUUUGUAUCUGACGGAGGCGACUGGGGGGCCUUCGAGCGUCGUUUCCUCGCCCAUCAGAUGUCCGGGUGGACGGACGACGAGGCGCUGCACGCACUGCCGGCCACCUUGGACGAUGACGCCCACACCACGCUCACCACGGCUCCCAAGGCGGCGCGCACUAUGCUGCAGUCUGCACUACGAGUCCUCACCACAGUCUAUGGGCCGCUGUCGGACUGUCGACAGGCGUUCUACGAGUGGCGCAGGGGCCAGAAGGAAUCACCGCUGGCAUACCGCAUGGCUGUCCUGGCCCUCGCAAAGGCGGCUUUCCCGCGCAUUGACGGUGAAGGGGUGGACGCUAUGGUGACGGAGAAGAAACUUCUGGCGCUGGCUCAAGAGCUCCAGAUUGUUAUCGUCGCAGCGGACGACGCAGACAUGUGUUCCUUGCGGGCGGCGAAGUGCAUCCACGCACAUCUCCUGUCACGGCGUCGACCACCUCUCGUCCCCAAUGGAGCGGCUGCAGUGUGUGCUGGGACGCCGACCCCCACCCCCCCCACCGAGGAGGUCUUCGCAGCGGGUCGCCCUACGGAGUGGAGGUCCGGGGGGAGGACGGACCCACCAUCAUCGGGCCGCCAGGAGCAAGCUAAAGCAUCGGGUGUGCUCAUCACCUGUUACAACGUGGCUGCAGGAUGCCGGGCACCACGACAGCGACGGCCGGGACCACAGCCGGACAGUGCUCCAGCCUACCCACCCCCGCAUCUAACUCCGGUGCCCCGAGGAUGACGGCCUCCAGGCCGCUUGCGCCACCCGGCGGGGAUGAGGGCUGCCCUCCUGGGACGUCAGGGGGUUGUGCACCCGCACGGACAGCGCCCACCGCCGGCACGGCCAGGUUUCCCCCCUACGAUGGGCCCGCAAAACGGACUCGUGCUAAAACGCACCGGUUGUUGUGACUUCUUGUUGCACUUGUUAUGUUCUUCCUUUUCUGCACGGAUGGGUGGCUCGGGUUGAAUGCGGGGGGGGGGGGGGGAAGAAUGUAUAUAUAUUGUACAUAGUGAAAUUUUGUACAGGUGGGCUUGGUUAUUUGUUGGGGUGUUUGUUAUUAUGAGGCACGCACAGAUGGGUUUUUGUUAUAUUUUUAUUGUUGAUGUUGUUACAGCCGGGACGGCUGCGAGUUGUACGGGAGGGGGUGAUGUAGGGGUGUUGUGAGAUGCAGAGGUACAGCCGAUCCUUGGUGUGAUCCUAGGUGGCUAAAACCACGUCCGCUUCUACAGCCCCGCCCAGUGGUUUGUGGGUAUAAAAGGCGGGGAGUGAGAGAGCUCGGGGCAGAGUGUUGGGGCCAAGAAUGAAGUACCAGGGAAGAAGGAAGACCAGCUAAGUAGAACCCUGGGACUCCCCUGACCGCUGUCCUUCUCAGGAUCGGCAGGGCAAGCCAGUGGUACAGCCCCAGGAGCCACAGAGCCGACGUCCUUCUAAGGGCCGGUCUGGUUGGUGGGGUGCCGUGAUCUGCGCUUAACCAGGGCCAGAUCAGACAGCCUCCCCUAGAGCCCUUAGCUGGAGGAACCGGGGAACAUAGGCUUAGGCUAGAUCGCCUAGGGGGAUAUUCCUAAGUGUAUUUGGGUGAAGGGGCCGCUACCCCUUCAGUAUGACCCCUUGUUAUAAAUAAAUAAGUGCUGCCUCUA